CUGCCUUCGCAACCGUCGCCAGGUACUUUCCAAAAUCCCAGGGCUUCGUUAGGGCUCCUCGGUAAUCGUUUUCCACAGCCCUAGACGCAGGUUGAUGAGAUCCGCCCAGAAACAUGAGUUCGACGUCCCUCAAUAAUGCCUUCUACCAAGGCCAUGGAAUCAAGCGGUCCAGAGACGACGUCUCGCAGCCCUUUUUCGACCAAGAAGUCUUCGCCGCCCAGAAACGCGCCCGUCCCGACGUCGACUAUACCAACGACCUGAACCCCUCACAGUACCUGCAAUCUGCCUACGACCCUCUGGCUGUGUACAACAGACAUCCGGACACCGACUUUGCCCUAUAUCACCAGCCUUCCCAUCUCGCAUCCGCCCACCCCCACCCACAAUUCGAAGCCGUCCACCCGCACAUUGCAGCCCAGCCCGUCCAGCAUCACCAACACCAGCAGCAGCAGCACCCCUCUUACUGGGGUCUGCCCGUCCAGCGCGUGCCUCAGCAUCAGCCGCUCCCCCAGCUGCCCUCUCAGCCUCAAUUGCAGCCUGCAUUCCAGCCUCAGCCUCAACCACAGUCGCUACCCCAGACUCCCCAGCAAUACUACAACAUGCCCACCGAGCACGCGCCCAAUGCCUCAUAUCCUGGCAUGAGUGAUUGGUGGCAACCACGCCCGAGUCCGAGCAACAGCGCUGUUGAAAGCUGGAACUAUGGAAUUGAAGAGCCGUGUGUCUAUGGCACUGAUGCCAGCCAACAUCUCAAAUUGCAGAGUCUAGCCACUCUCGACAAUCUAUCUACGCAGAUCAUCCUUAACCUGGCCAAAGGCUCGUUGAAUGACAUCUUAUUGCUCACCGCAGGCCGGGAUCAUGAGGGAAGUCAAGCAUACUUCACCAGGCGGACUCUGUUCGACCAAACACGCAAGGUCUAUGCAAAGAAUGCAGUCUUCAUUGACAUGCAUACUUUGCCUGCCUUUACGGCUUCACAGCAGGAAGUCGUGCGUAAAGCGAACCGUGCAAUUUUCAUUUCAAGUAUCCUUGAAGGCCACGACAUUAGCUUCUUCGACCUAGACUCUCGCUUCCUGGAAACCUUCAUUUGUCCUGGCCAGCGCCUGCUCAAGUGGCAAGGCACCAUUUUUCUGGAGCUGAAGACACAAGCCUACAUUGCCGCCCUAAUGAAUAACGAUGGCCCGGCCGAGUCUCUGCUUGACGAGUUAUUCCCUAACGACUUGGCCGACCAACUUUUGUCACGCCAUCCAGAUGCCCCAAACCUUGCCCCCAGUGAACAGGAUUUCCUUGACAGGGCUCGCGCAAGAAAGCAAUAUCUCUUUGACGAACCCUCAUACGACGCAUAUAGCACUUUACCCAGGAAAUACGGCUGGCACGACUUCUUGCGAGAGUUUGCAGUAUCACUCAGCAAGAACGUCGAGGCUGUCAUAAACAAUCCUGCACGAACCCCCGUCAGCCAGCCUGGCAUCAUUUCACCAUCAUUUAGAGCCGGGAGUCGUGGAACACCAUCAUCGGGCAGAUUUGGAAGCUUGAGCAGUCCCAUAGCAGGACAGCAGGAUCUACCUAGCGGUCUCGCAGGCCAGUAUGGGCCAACCUCGGAGAGUGCACAGCGACAACCAACACCCUUACGACCGAGUCAAAGAACGCCAGAUAUUGGCCAGUCCAAUACAUCACCAAAGGCACGAUCAAAGCCAACCAAAACAGGCGGCAGUGCCACACAACGUCAGCCUUGGAAACAAGAAGAGGAGGAUGCACUUAUGGCUGGCCUUGCUGAAGUCAAAGGCCCCCAUUGGUCACAGAUUCUCAGCUUGUACGGUCGAGGCGGUAGUGUCAGCGAGGUGCUCAAGGACAGGAACCAAAUCCAACUCAAAGAUAAGGCACGCAACCUCAAGCUGUACUACCUCAAGAUGGGCAAAGAGGUCCCCGAAUGCCUACGAGGUGUUACCGGAGAACUACGCAAGAGAGGCGGUGCGCGAGUACGUGCUGCGUUAGGUCUCACAGACGACGACAACGCUACGUCGAAGAAAGCUUCAAGAUCUGGUACGCCGCUCGAUCCGUCACUAAAAGCAUGAGUAUGGCCUUGAUGGUCAUGCGAACUCAGUACACAUACCAUUUUUUCAAUUUGUCGAUAAUUACUCUACAACCUUGUCAGCUUCAAUCGCUCGACAGCAUUUUGUUUGCUCAAUUCUUCGAUCAACCCCAAUUUCCGCUUCAAACUCUCUCAUCGAUCCGGUAUCGAUCACAACCAUCAGCGACUACAAAACGAUUACCAGCACUCGAACUCCAAUGUUGCGCGAAAGCCUAGCCUAUGGCUGUCUCUUACACAUCUUGCCUGUUCCAUGCUUUACGCCAAUGUUAUGGCCACCACACUUCUCGUCCAUCCAGGUAGCCCAUUCUGGAGAUCAUCAUUAGCCACU